CAUAGUUUGUUUCAAUACCAUUCACCUAAUAAAUGGAUCAAAUUAAUUUAAGUUACGAUAUGCUUCCAGUGCAAUGGCAAAUAGCCGCUUUAACCUAAAUAAAAAACAAUUAAAAAUAACAUAAAACAAACCGAUGAAGGAAACUAAAAUAAGGUGAUGUGUUCCGAUAUAUGCUUCCAGUGCAAUGGCAAAUAGCCGCAAGCGCGCUAAUAAUAGAGAUCGAUGGUGUGAAUCGACCUUUAAUGUAAUUUGUUUGUUUGUUUUGUAUUGGCUGCUGAGUGCUGCUAAUAAUGACUGCCGUUGCCGUUGCCGAUACUGAUACCAUAAAACAUACUGCUGAUACUAGCCAAAUUUCGGAUUCGGAAUUUCUUAUCAGGGACUGGCAUUGGCAAGUGGAAGUGAAGUUACUAAAGCCCUAUCUCUCCCUGAGAGGUUAUACAGUUUAAUUCAUAAAUCUUAUUUACUUUUUCAAAUUAUACUUAAAAGAUAGUGUAAAAUGCCAUGUCUUUUAUUUAAGUGUUUCCUAGACUAGUUUACAUCUUUUAUCGGACGUCAUAAUGCCAUCUUUAUUCGAGUACUCAGAAGACAAUUUUAUAUUUGAAACUUGUUGGAGUGAUUUCUCUCAUGUAAACUCAACAUUUGAUAAAGCACUGAUUACUAAAUGGUCAGCGUUACAAGAUGAAAACAAAUACUUUAAAUAUAAGUUACAUAUCGAUGAUUCAAAAAUAUUACCAGGAAAGUUCAAGUAUUUAGCACAGCUGAAUGUGGCCAGAGGAACACAAAGACGCAAACCAAUAAAUGUCCAAUCCAUGAAACAAAUGUUUGAUCCAACAGUAUUCAAUUUUACUAAAAUGGAUGAAGGUGAAAUUUUGUUUCAAGUUUGGAACAUUCAUCGAAAAGAUAAAAAUAAUUACCUAGCGAUAAAUGUGAGUCCAAUAGGUUUUGGUCAUUCUCUGUUGGUCCCAUCAUUGUAUGAUUGCCUACCGCAAGUCAUGACUGAAAAUAGUUUGUUAACUGCUAUUGAGCUUUUUCUGCUCAGCAAAUCACCAGCGUUGAGAAUGGGGUUCAACGGAUUGUGUGCCAAUGCCUCUGUCAAUCAUCUUCAUUAUCAUCUCUAUUAUUUGGAGGAGAAAAUGAUGCUAGAAACAAUUAAUGUGGAGCAUUUGGCUGGCCCUUGUCACAUGUUGCUGUCGUUCCCGAGCAAAGGAUUUGCAUUCCAGCUGAGCAAAGGGCAAAAUAUUCCUAUAUUUGUAAGGGAUGUCUACAAACUUGUGAACUUGCUUCAAGAAAGUGAAAUACCCCACAAUGUUACUGUGACCAGAGGUUCAGGGUUCCAAGAACAGAACCCAGGAGAGUCAAGGAACCAUGUCAGAGUGUAUGUGUGGGCUCGCAAACCUACGGGACCUGAUAGAGAUAUUUUCAAAUUUGUUGGUCCAGCUUUGUGUGAAUUGUUUGGACACUUGAUGAUCAAAACUCAAGAAAAGUUUGAUUCGGUGACUGAAGACUAUGUCAAUGAUGUGCUCACUGAUCAAACAGAAGAAACGUUUCAGUCUGUAUUGGAAAAAGUCAAGCAUCUCUAUGAAGAAUAAAAAGUGAAAAACGGAAUAAAACUACUGUUGAAUUAUUGAAA